UGUGCAUCCUUUGCUCGACGCCACCACUGCUGGAGAGCUUCUCUGCUCCGCAAAGGCGAGGCAGAGCAAGAUAAGACCAGCUGCCCGAAGCCUGUUUCCCCGGAACGGGCUGGGAGCUGCUAUCGGAGACCAGGGUGUCAUCACACGUGCGUGGCAGGCUAGACUGGGGGCUGCGCGCCGGAGCCCGGGCAGACAGCGCAGGGCUCCCGCAAGAGGCGGCGCCGCUUCCCCGGCCGGCGCGCGCGGAGCCCGGAGCGAUGUCCCGCGCAGCCCCCGCGCUCCUGGCGCUGCUGCUGCCGCUGCUGCCCGCAGCUCGCGGAGAUUGUGGACUCCCACCCACAUUAAGUUUUGCUGAGCUAGUCACAAGUUUGGAUUCCUAUCGCAAUGGGACUGAAGUGACCUAUCGCUGUCGGCCAGGUUUCAUUCGUGUUGGUGGAAAGUCUCCUGUCAUUACUUGUCAAGAUAACUCUACCUGGUCACAACACUCUGAGUUUUGUGUGGCAAAACAGUGCCCAGCUCCAGACAUACCGAAUGGUCGGCCUAUUGUAACUGAUCUCCGGUUGGGUGCGAGAGUCAACUUUACCUGUUCUGCCGGGUACAGAUUAAUUGGCAGCCAUUCUCUUCGAUGUGUGCUCGAUGUCGGAAGCAAUGUUCGUUGGGAUGGCGAGUUUCCCUCCUGUGAAAUUCAAUGUGGGCCUCCGCCAACUAUCAAGGGAGCCAAGCUCAGUCAUUCUGGUCUCUCAGAGAGCUUCCCCAUUGGCACAAAGGUCACCUACGAAUGCCUGCAGGGUUUUCUUAAAAUCCCGGAUAGGUCAGACUCCAUAGUGUGCCUGCCCAGCCUUGAGUGGUCAAACCUGCCGGAGUUGUGUGGCCGUAGCUGUCCUGCCCCAAGAGGCUUAUCAUUUGGUAAACUAUCAGAAGAGGAUGGGAAGAGGAGCUUCUAUGGCGUGGGGACCACUGUCCGUUAUGUCUGUCGCGACGGGUAUGACAGGGUCCCAGGACAGGAUUCAACCAGGACUUGUCUUGAAGAUUUCACAUGGUCAAACCCACCGGAGUUUUGUACCAAGAAAUCCUGUGGAGUUCCUGAAUCACCGGAGCACGGCAGAGUUGCUGAUACAACACGGACCCUGUAUCUUGACACAGUACACAUAGUGUGUGAUGAGGGGUAUCGGUUAUCUGGGAAACACAUCACGUGCAGGCUGAAAGGAAAGGACGUCGCAUGGAGCCAACUCCCUACUUGCGAAGAGGUGAAGUGUCCAGCCCCGGUGGUUCCACAUGGGAAAAAAAAGUCUGGAUCAGUCGCUGUCUAUUCCUAUGGAGAGACAACAAUAGUUGAGUGCAAUCCUGGCUACUCCCUGAGGGGAGAUGGUGAUGGUGUGAUUCAAUGCGCAGAGGAUAACACCUGGAAGCCUUCUGUGCCAGUCUGUGACCCAGUCCAAUGUGAGCCUCCGCCAACUAUCAGGGGAGCCAAGCCGAGCCAUUCUGAUCACUCUGAGAGCUUCCCCGUUGGCAUGAGAGUGACCUACAAAUGCCAGGAGGGUUUUCAUAAAAUCCCAGAUAAGUCAAACAUCAUAGAGUGCCUGCCCAGCCUUGAGUGGACAAAGCUGCCAGAGUUGUGUGGCCGUGAUUGUGCACCCCCUCCCAGAUUCAGUUUUGCUGAGCUAGUCACAAGUUUGGAUUCCUAUCGCAUUGGGACUGAAGUGACCUAUCGCUGUCGGCCAGGUUUCAUUCGUGUUGGUGGAAAGUCUCCUGUCAUUACUUGUCAAGAUAACUCUACCUGGUCACAACACUCCGAGUUUUGUGUGGCAAAACAGUGCCCAGCUCCAGACAUACCGAAUGGUCGGCCUAUUGUAACUGAUCUCCGGUUGGGUGCGAGAGUCAACUUUACCUGUUCUGCCGGGUACAGAUUAAUUGGCAGCCAUUCUCUCCGAUGUGUGCUCGAUGUCGGAAGCAAUGUUCAUUGGGAUGGCGAGUUUCCCUCCUGUGAAAAAAUCCUUUGUUUGCCACCCCCUGAAGUCGCCAAUGGAGCCCAUUCUGGUGAGGGGGAAGGCUAUGUCUUUGGCUCUUCAGUGACUUAUACAUGCAAGAGUGGUUUCAGUCUGGUUGGAGAGGCCUCCAUUCACUGUACCACAGAAGAUAACCUCCACGGUGUCUGGAGCCCUGCCCCUCAGUGUAAAGAGGUGAAGUGUCCAGUCCCGGUGGUUCCACAUGGGAAAAAAAAGUCUGGAUCAGUCGCUGUCUAUUCCUAUGGAGACACAAUAAUAUUUGAGUGCAAUCCUGGCUACUUGCUGAGGGGAGGUGGCGAUGGUGUGAUUCAAUGCGCAGAGGAUAACACCUGGAAGCCUUCUGUGCCAAUCUGUGACCCAGUCCAAUGUGGGCCUCUGCCAACUAUCAGGGGAGCCAAGCCAAGCGCUUCUUAUCUCUCUGAGAGCUUCCCGGUUGGCACAAGGCUCACCUACGUAUGCUUGGAAGGUUUUCUUAAAAUCCUGGAUAGGUCAGACACCGUAGAGUGCCUGCCCAGCCUCGAGUGGACAGAGCUGCCAGUGUUGUGUGGCCGUAGCUGUCCUGCCCCAAGUGGCUUACCAUUUGGUAAACUAUCAGAAGAGGAUGGGAAGAGGAGCUUCUAUGCCGUGGGGACCACUGUCCGUUAUGUCUGUUGCAAAGGGUAUUAUAGGGUCCCAGGACAGGAUUCAACCAGGACUUGUCUUGAAGAUUUCACAUGGUCAAACCCACCAGAGUUUUGUACCAGGCUGGUGGCAAAUUCAAGAGAAGAGGCAGCUCUAUAUAAACCGGGGAAUGCAUAUAAAAUGGCUUUUGGUGUUCUAGCACCAGUCGUGGUGGGUUAUUUUGUUUGCAUUCCAGCUGGAGCUAUAUACCAGAAUAAGAAAAAGGGUUCUUAUGAUAUAAGACAAAACACCACAACAGAUCCACGUAAAGGAGACUCUAAUUUCUGGAUGAGAAAAACAAAUGACACCUUGAAUUAAAAAUCUGGUGACAGUAGGAUGGCUUUCUGAUUAUAAAUACCACCACAAGACAGGGUAAAUUGUAAACUGUUCAAAAUGAAUAGAGAAUAAAGCUAUUUCCAUGGGUUCUUGUUUCUUCAAAGUACUACUACUUUGUCGUAAACACUACAUGCUAUUGUUUCAUUAUCCUCUAACACACUAACUUUUGUGUGUUUCUGCAGCCGUAACAGGCUUACACUCUUUGUGUACUUUUUUUAGCUACAAGAACAGGUAUUUGUGUACAGACAUUUACUUCUAUUUCAGUACUUCUCUCCUGUAUAUUUUUUACAGCAUCCAUUUCUGAAGUUUCUGAGCUGCUUCAGUGGUGCAUGUCAUGUUUUCCUCACUGUUCCCACCAGGGACAGGCAUGUUUAGUGGAGGAUCUUGAUUUUUGGGGUUGGGACGCUAUGCCAUAUCUUAAAAUGUGUAUGUUGUGCCCAUAUUAAAAAAGCAGAGUCAAAGAAACAGACCUUGCACUUGGAACGGGAAGUGGGAAGGAUUGUGAUGGUCCCUACUGGUGCGGGAGGUAAUUCUGUGGCCAUUGACUUGUUGAAAAAGGCUCUGUCUGCCACACUGAGACCUCUGCUGUGCCAAGGGAAUGUGAGUCACCCACAAUCUUAGGCUGAAUACUGUGCUGUCCUUUGUAUCAUUAAAAAUUUGCUCACAGAACUAAGAAUCUAAAAAAAAUAUCAUGUCCUGGGAUCUUCUCUCACCUUCCCCUGUAAUGAUUUUCUAUGAUCUUUGAAAGCUAGGUAGGACUGAGAGUUAGACAGACAAGGUUCUAUGGGAAAAAGAGAUCUUCUAUUUAAUUAUUUACACGCCCAUAAUUAUUUACCCAUCUUUCUUUUAUAGGAGAAACGGGGUUUCCUGCAUGGUGUAAUUCUUGAUUACUUAGCCCUUGGAAAUCUUAACGUCUGUCAUGGUUUGUCCUUGAGCUUACUCACUCUGCUUAUUAAACAGCCUUAGAUGUCUAGCAUCUCUGCUGUGUACUUCUUCCUUCUUCUUUCUGUUUUUUUAGAGAUUUACAACUAAAAGGAAAUUCCAUGACCUCUGUUUUCACCCAAAACUAGAUUUGAAAAAUACAUCUAUUUCAUGGUAUCUCUAUGAUUUUUUUUAAAGUAAUGUUUUCAGUUAAAAGGUUAAGUUAUGGAUUUUUAAUGAAAAAUGAGCACUUGUUCCACAAGUAGCAAUAGUCCAGUAAAUGGAAAGUUUUAAAUGUUCAUUUAGAUUAAUAUCAAAAGAUGCAAGACUGGAGGAGUAUGUAUCUGCUUCAUUUUAACUGUUUAUCUCCCUUUUGUAGGGAUUGUCUGAUUUGUGGCUGAAUGUCUCCAGAUUAUCUCUGAUUUACCAAUUAGGACACAUAAAAUUGGCAGAAAAGCGUGGAAAAGCUUACUGAAUCUGUCUAGAGAAGUGAGAUCUCUUUAAGGCUACUGCUGGUACUUGCACUAUAAGUUCUUUCCCCCUUUUAAAGGGAUUACAGUACGGCUCCUCUGCAUACAAGAACAGCAGAAAGACAAGACUUGGAUGGCCCUUCUUGCCUUCGAAAACGGGACCUUGGGACAAGGGAGGGGGCGUGCAGCCUCCAAACUGACUUGCUGGUCACAUGUAGGUAGGCACGGUCACAGUGCCAAAUGCUUUUCCCUAGUGAAAUCACUAGCCAGCCGGAUGUGGCGUGAUGUGAACCGAGCUGUGGUUUUAGUUGUAUGGACAGAAAUAGCCUAUUCAGCUGCCCAUUGACAGGUUUCCAUUUUUACGUUCUUUAAUGCAUUUAAGGACACCAAAGAAACCUGUGUGGAACAUUUUCAAUCCUUGCUCUAUUUUGCUUGAAUGCACACUUCACUUCUCUCUUUUGUAUAUAACUUUCAAGUUACACUCUUCAAAAACAUUGGCCUUUUGUUCCCUAGCACUGAUUUUUGUCACAAACUUGCGAUAUAGUGUUACUCCCAAAGGUGAAAAAUAAGAGAAAAGUGUGUAACUUUACAUGGGAGUCCCAAAGGUUUGAAGAUGAGUAUAACUGAAUUCUAUUUUUUUUGUUCUCUCAGGGAAAGAAAAAAAAUGUUCUUAGAAAAUAAAAAACUGGUUUCAUUAUUAACUAUCCUUUCUUUAUAAAAGAUAACUAAUCAAAUUACAAGUGGCCUCCAGAAAAAGUGAUUCGGUGCCUUAAUUAUUUUUGUAGUUUCCAUAUUCAAAAACAUCUUGCAGAUCUUAAACUUUUUUUUAAGCCAGGAAAUGUUUCUCUGCUGCAUAAAUGGGGGAUUCAUAUUCUGCAUGAGCACUUUCUCAUAUAUAAAGAGAAAGGUAUAAAGAGCAUUUACCCUUUUAAAAAAAAAACCUGUAAGCUGCAUGGCUUAGCAAGAGGAACACAUCUUUUGCUGUGUGGAGCAAUGGUGACGGAAGGAAUGUGUAACAUUUACGGUGUUUUAAUGAAUGUAUUUUUCUUUAAAUAAAGAAAUCCUCAAUUAAA